CUUUCAUUGCUGUGAAAUUCGGUCGAUGUCGGUUCUUUGCUCGCGUGUGAAUUUUUUUCGCAGAUUUUCGCAUAUAUUUUAGAAAAAAUAAGUGUUAAUUUUAGUUAUAACUGUUGUGCAACUAUUUUGUGUGUUUUUAGUAGUGUUCAUCCAAGUGUCUUUAACAUAUAAAAAAGUAUUGCUGUAACUGGCUACUCCAUUUUGGAAACACAUUGCCAUAGAGUACAUAGAUUUCAGUGGAUUCAAUCAAAAUUUAAACGAAAAACCGCCAAAUACCUUAAAUAUGCGAAACUAGCUAUCGGACCGAAUGUCGCUCUAAUCUACAGAGCUCUGUCGAUCGAUUGGUCUCUGUCCUCAUCUAGUUAAGUACACUUUAACACCACAAAAGAUGAAGGUAACUUAAUGUCGAUGAACGAUAGAAUUUCAUAUCCAAUAAUUAUAAAAUCCUAGGUAUUACAAGUGGUAUAUGUUAAAUAAAGCAAAUGUUGCAAUUAAUAAUGCUUGCUAUUUAACUAUAUUGAUUAUCUACGUAUAAAGAUUUUUCUGCAAUAGUUUCAAAACUUUAUUUGCUUCUUGAUUAUAGUGUUCACGAACGAAUUAAUACCUAGAAGACGGUUCCGACAAAUUCGGUCGAAUAUUAAUUAAUAUAUGUUUCAAACGUAGUUUUUCAAAUUUGUGCCUUUAUAAGUUUGAAGCUCUAAUGUACAUAUAUGCAUAAAUAUAAAAAAGUUUGACUCUCUUACAUCGAGCAUUCUUAUUUAUCAUACACAUGUUAUCAACUCAAAAUGUGUACUAGUAUCAUUGAAAUGUGCCAAUGUGUCAAUCCAAUUAGAAGCGCAUAAAAAGAUGCUCCCGAAAGUAUUGGAAUACAUCAAUCAAUGUAUGUACAAAUACUUUUACUAAGUUAUUUAAAAGAGACCUUAAUAUAAGAGAAUAGGUAUUGGAAAGAGUAUUCCGUUACUAUCAGCAAUUUUAUCGAAACAAGAAGCCCAAAGUCAAAGCAGUGUGUAUACAACUGAGUUAAGUAUACGUUAGACAGGUAAGUACGUAGUAAUAGAAAGAAUAACAAGAAUUCCACGACUACAUCGGCUGCGAUUUUUUGUAUUCGCAUAUGAUAUCGUUGCUGUCAGUGAGUUUUGGGGCACCAACCCGACGCGAGCAUUCCAUUAAGUAUCUUCAACUUUUAUUUCGCUUUCCAUUUCAAAGAAAUUUUCUUCUAUUUCACCGUUUUAUGUGUUUUGCUAUAACGUAAAUUCAGUCGAAAUAUUAAAAUAAAAUAUACACUCGCGACAGUGCUACAUGUGUAUAUAUUUUACCGCUUUUAAGGCUGAAAAAUUAAUCUUUCUUAUGUAAGCAUAUGCUCAUCAGUUAAUAAAUUAAGCAGCAAACAAUAUAUACAAAUAACAACCGUAUAUGGAAAAUUUACAUUCUCGUCCAAACGCUAAGCAAAGCGCUCUUUAUUGAUCUCUCUUUAUACGUGCGAGCGCAGUUAAUUGACAUAAAAUAGCGAUCCCGCCGUUCGGUAAUAUUGUAGCUGCAGCAGUAGCUUCGUCAAUGAGAUAUAUUUUUACCUAAUGCUUACAUAUCUAUGAGAGUCACGCCCGUGUAAAAAUUGUAUUACAUUUAGUUAUCUGUCCGGUUUGUGUUAAAUGUUAAUAUUCAGCGUCUGACAUUUACAUUAAAUUUAAUUCGCAUAUAUAGUGUGGAGAUAGCGCAUAUCGCAAAGAUACCAGGAUUUAUUUGUUCUAAUGUGCUUCGAAAAAUGUCAUGUCGCAUCACAGCGAUGAUCACCUUUUACAGGCGGGUAGUGAUUCCUUUUGGGAGCCGGGCAACUACAAGCGCACCACUAAAAGAAUUGAAGAUGGCUACAAGCUUUGCAAUGAUUUGCAGACACUUAUACAGGAACGUGCCGAUAUUGAAAAAGGAUAUGCGAAGAAUUUGCGUGCAUGGUCGAAAAAAUGGGGAGAGCUCAUCGAAAAAGGUCCCGAAUAUGGCACUUCAGAAGCGGCUUGGAAAAGUGUACUAACGGAAGCUGAACGCAUCAGUGACGUGCACUUAAAAAUAAAAGAAAACCUCUGUAACGAUGUGAACAGCCAAAUAAAAUGUUGGCAGAAGGACAACUAUCAUCAUACGCUGAUGCAGAUAAAGCAACGUAAGGAUAUGGAGGAUAUGUUUAAGAAGGCUCAAAAACCUUGGGCUAAAUUACUAGCUAAAGUAGAGAAGACAAAGUCUGAUUAUCACGCUGCUUGUAAAACGGAACGUAGUGCCACCAAUCAAGAACGCAAUGCCACAGCAGAUAGUUCAUUAUCGCCGGACCAGGUAAAAAAAAUGCAUGAUCGCGUACAAAAAACGAAAGAUCAAGUGGCUAAAUGUCGAGAGAAAUACGAACAAGCUAUUGCGGAGAUUACCAAAUAUAAUUCGGUAUACAUCGAGGAUAUGACGUCGGUGUUUGAAAAGUGCCAAGCCAUGGAAAGGACUCGAUUAAUGUUCUUCAAAGAGGUUCUAUUUAACAUACACUCCUGCUUGGACCUCACGAAGGUGCAAUGUCUACCACAAAUAUAUGAAGAAUUCUACCAUACCAUAAAUAAUGCGGAUCAACAAAAGGAUCUCAAAUGGUGGUCAAAUAAUCAUGGUGUGAAUAUGGCUAUGAAUUGGCCAGCAUUUGUGGAGUAUACCGAAGAGUUUCGUGAUAUAGCAAAGGGUAGCAAGUCAAAGGAGGCACUUCCGGCAGCACCAAUUACACUCAUCAAUCAGCGACCUGUCGCUGAGGAUCCACAUGAUUAUAAUACGAAUAGCCUAAAAAAAAAUCCAUCAUAUUCAAACAAAGGUAGUGGAAAGGCCAGCCAACAAGAUGCUUCGUCUUCCCCAACAUCGGCAACAGGGUCCACAGCUACGGGGACCGGGAAAGGUUUGAGCACAACCUCAACUACAAAUAACCGCAAUUCAAGUGUAACUAACGGUAAUGGCAAACCCGAAGUCAAUCCAUUCGAGGAAGAGGAGGAAUGGGAUGAGGGUGAUAAUGUGUUAGUGGAUAAUGGCGAGAAAGGUGUUCCAGUUAAGGCUUUAUAUGAUUACGAAGGAGCCGAAGAUGACGAGCUGACAUUUAAACAAGGUGAAGUCUUUGAGAAACUUGAGGACGAAGACGAGCAAGGAUGGUGCAAAGGACGCAUGAAUGGACGGGUUGGCCUUUACCCCGCAAAUUAUGUAGAACCGUUACAUACGUAAACAUAACACAUUUUUAAAAAUAUUAUAAUUAAACAAAUUAUUAGUUGCAGUUAAUUUCAACCCCAAACACUUAAAAUUUAUAUAUAUAGAAAACAUUUUUUUUCGCAUUAAAAAGCGAACAUGAGAAACUGGAUUAAAAUAGUAAGCAAUAUUUCAAACACAUCACUGUUGUAACCAUAUUUUGUGAUUGUAGCAUAUUUUUUUUUGUUUUAAUUAUAUAAAUACUUUAGAAUUUAAACGAUUGUUUGGAACAAUUCGCGAAAAGCAAAUAGAAGUGAAUAAGUCUUGUCAGCUUAUAGAUAUUAGCAGAGAUGUAUUUAUAAAUGUGAUUUUACUCGAUAUCAAGCUGAAAGCAUUUUAAGAUCAAAUUCAAUAUUUCUUCCGAAUUCAGACUAGUGCCCAGAAGAUAUUCGUUAUAAGAUGUUACGUUCAUUUACAGAGGAAAUUUUAAUAAACGUAAAUAAUAAAAAAAAAACACUAAAAUAUGGCAGGUUAAAACAUUUACAUGAUGAGACAGCUUUGGAAACGUUAUAAUUAUUAUUAUUAGGACAGAUUUUUAUUUAUCAGUAAACAAAAACUUCAUGUCACUAUAAAAUCGUAAAGCACAUCCUCACCACUAGCUAUAAAAGAUAUAUAUGAAAAGUUGAUCGGUUUUAUAAAUGCAAACAAAAUUCAUAGAGCACAAUAUGCAGAAUAUAACAAGAUAUAAAUGGGAAAUUACAAAAACAAAAACAUAAUAAUAAAUAAAGUAUUAUAUUUUACUUUUCUAUCAAGUUCGUUCCGAGUUUCAUGCAUGCAUAUACAUAUAUACUUAAAUAGUAUCUGAAUAAAAACAACGUACUAUGUUUACGGCUAUACAGAAGUAAAAAUAGUUUAAUAAAAAUAAAAAAUGUAAA